CUGCCGUCUAGAGUCCGCGCAUGGAUCCGUCAGCGCCCCUCCCCUUCUACGCUCGCUCCGGAGAUCGGCCAUGUUGCUUCUCGCGCUUGUUCCGGUAUCAGGCACGAGCGUUUGAGCAGCUCGGCCGCAGAACGACACCGAUCCGCCUCCUCUGAAACCCGUUUCACCUCAGCCCCGAGGCCAAUCAUGGAUUUUACUACCUGACCCUGGAUGUUUGUUUUCGGACGCGAGCCCUCAGACGUUUCCUUUCAUUCAAGAUCCGUUUGUCACUGGGAUCCAGUGCGUGGCGGAAGACGGUUUCGUGGAUCAUGAUGGUUUUUCGGGAUUGAUCUUCUUUUUUUUUUUUUUUUGAAACCCACCUUACGUUUGCUAGUCCUUCGUUAUUAACGUAACAGUUAGCCCUCACGGUUGUUUUUCUUUACAUCCGUGUUCAGUCUUGCGCCGUUUGUUUCGUUUACGGCUGAGGUUUUCACCUUUUGUUGACACUUGUUUUUGAAGGUCGGUAAAAUUGUGAUUUUUGGUUGACCUAACAUUUGAUAUCGCUCGCAGAGAGACCCUUUUCCUGUUUUUGACUGUCAUUUUAAGACCUGAGAGGAUAUGAAUUGUUUUUAAACUCUUAUUCGGUUGGGAAGCAGAUUGAAAUGUAAGUGAGCAACGUCUCACGAGAAGACUUAAAAUCCUUCAUAAAUCCUCCUCAAGGACCUGCUCUUUAUUUUCAACUGGAGACUUCAAAACAAGUUUUUUGUUUAUCUCCACACAUGGACUGAUGUUGGGCUUCAACUUGUUGAUCUUGCUGGUCUGCGUGGCUAGUUCAGGCUAGCUAGCAACACGGAUCGCUUCUGUCAGCUCAGACGAAUAGCCUCAAACGACAAGCUUAUAAAUGCCUGUCAACCACUGAAUACAAUCUUCCAUUUCUAUUUGCUCCUUUGGCCCUGUUUUUGAGAAUCCCUGGGAGAAAAUGUCAACCCGGCCUCAAGGAGCAGGUGUUAUUGAGAAUUCAUCCAGCCAGACCCACACUGAUGCCAAAGGAGGAGGGCGUUCCAGUGUGUCACGUAGUCGGAAUGUGGCACCGACUGUGGAUGAAAACCCCCAGAUAGGAAAUUACAGACUGCUGAAGACCAUCGGCAAGGGCAACUUUGCCAAGGUUAAACUGGCCCGACAUGUCCUCACUUCUAAAGAGGUAGCAGUGAAAAUCAUAGACAAGACACAACUCAACUCUUCUAGUCUUCAGAAACUCUACCGAGAAGUGAGACUCAUGAAGUUUCUGAAUCACCCAAACAUUGUGAAGUUAUUUGAGGUGAUCGAUACAGAGAAGACGCUGUAUUUAGUAAUGGAAUAUGCCAGUGGAGGCGAGGUUUUUGAUUACCUUGUUGCUCAUGGGAGGAUGAAAGAAAAGGAAGCGCGUGCCAAAUUUAGACAGAUUGUCUCAGCUGUGCAGUAUUGCCAUCAGAAGUGUAUAGUACACAGAGAUCUCAAGGCUGAGAAUCUUUUACUGGAUGCUGACAUGAAUAUAAAGAUCGCUGACUUUGGUUUCAGUAAUGAGUUUACGAUGGGAAAUAAAUUGGACACGUUUUGUGGGAGCCCACCGUAUGCCGCCCCUGAACUCUUCCAGGGCAAAAAGUAUGAUGGUCCAGAGGUGGAUGUGUGGAGUCUCGGGGUCAUACUUUACACACUGGUCAGUGGCUCGCUGCCUUUCGAUGGACAGAACCUGAAGGAGUUGCGAGAGCGUGUGUUAAGAGGGAAGUAUAGGAUUCCUUUCUACAUGUCCACAGACUGUGAGAACCUGCUGAAGAAGUUUCUCAUCCUCAAUCCUACCAAGAGGGGAAGUUUGGAGCAGAUCAUGAAGGAUCGCUGGAUGAAUGUAGGUCAUGAAGAUGAUGAGCUGAAGCCUUACAUUGAGCCCCAACCCGACUACAAAGACCCAAGGAGAACAGACAUAAUGAUUCAGAUGGGUUUCAGUCAAGAGGAAAUAGAGGAAUCUUUCGUCAAACAAAAAUACGAUGAAGUCAUGGCAACCUACCUGCUGCUUGACUAUAGGAAUUCAGAGCUUGACGAGGGUGUCAACUUGUUGCUAAAGCCACGCCCAGGAAAUGACCUCACUAACAGCAAUGGCCCUUCUCCACCUCAUAUGGUACAGCGCAGUGUUUCAUCCUCUCAGAAACCUGUCAGAAGAUCAACAGAUCAGGGCUCAUACUCGAAACGGUCUCAGGGAGAAAACAAGCAUGGAGUGGAGGAUUCUGGGAGGAAAGGUUCAAGUAGCUCUACCAAAGUUCCACCCAGUCCAGCUAUCUCCAGUGAACGCAAAAAGAGUUCCACUCCCUCUGCUAACAGUAUCCUGUCCACGGGCACGAGCCGCAGCAGAAAUUCCCCCGUUUCUGAAAGAGCCACUCUGGGAGUGCAAAACGGCAAGGACAGCCUAAACACCCCCGGGUCCCGCGCCUCCACGGCCUCGGCCGGCGCUGUGCUCUCCUCAUCUUCCUCUUCCUCACGCACCCGCCAUCACAAGUCCCUCUCCACCUCUGCCCAUCCUUGUCCCGCAGACCUGCACUCACACCGGCCCAGGCAACAGAGAGCACCUGGCGCAUCCCCGUCAGCCCACAAUAUCAGCAGCGCAGCUGGGACAGACCGUACCAAUUUCCCUAGAGGGGUGCCCACCCGCAACACAUUCCACCUCGGCCAGCAGCGGGGCGCACGGGACCAACAGGCUUCUCCUUACCAUGGAGCCCCCGCCUCACCUUCCCUGUCCCACGGAAACAGCCAACAACGACGGCCUGGGGCUUCCGGCAUCUUCAGCAGGUUCACCUCCAAGUUUGUGCGCAGGAGCCCCUAUGAGGGAGAGGGUCAAGAGGAGGGGAUCAGAUCUAUGCUCACCAGUGCAGAGAAGUCGGAGAAGACCAGCGUAGGGCCGGAAGACGACAACAAAGACUCUUCUUUCUCCCCGGAGGGCGGGACUCCUCCAUCUGCUCCCGUGUCCUCAGUUAAAGACCAGGUGAAGCCUCGCUCCCUCCGCUUCACCUGGAACAUGAAGACCACAUCUGCCUUGGAGCCCGGUGAGAUGAUGAAGGAGAUUCGUAAGGUUCUCGACGCCAACAGCUGUGAGUACGAGCUGCGAGAGCCAUUCAUGCUGCUGUGCAUGGCUGGUAAACCCGCCCAUGACGACUUCGUCCAAUGGGAGAUGGAGGUGUGCAAGCUGCCCCGCCUCUCACUUAAUGGUGUGCGCUUCAAGAGGAUAUGUGGAACGUCUAUUGCCUUCAAAAACAUCGCCUCUAAAAUCUCCAAUGAGCUGAAACUUUGAGAGGAAAAGGAGAUGAGGAAAAGUAGCUUAUUAAAGAGUCUCUGAACAGGGAUGAGUGAGGAUCGCAUUGCUCAAACACAGCCUGCUGGUAUGGGUAGGUGUAGAGAGAGAUAUAAGAUCAGAUUCAAUUAGCACACUGGCCCUUCAUUCCUGCUCUGUUUUGGAAGAGUAUACUCUGCAGGUUCUUGGUUCAUUGGCCUAAAUGUCUUCAAUUCAGAAAGGCGACAAAUCAUAACGUGGUUUGUGUCUGUUAAAAAUGAAUUUUGAACUAAUUUCAGUCUCUUUGUACACUCACACACACACAUGCACCUAUUGCCUCUUGAAAUGGACAGAGCUUAAAAAGCCAAACUUGAAAGAGGUGUGGCCAUUGACUUGAGAAACUAAAGUAUUCACAGGGUGGAGGUGGGCAGUUUGGGACUGAUGUUUGUGCCCCCUUUUAUUUCUUCCUCUUAUUCUGUCGACAGGGUCAGAACUUGAUCAAUAUUGAGAGGACUGUAAAUUCUGGUUAAGGUGAUUUAAAUUCUUAAUCGGCUGGGUUCAGAUUUGCUGCACUGGAAUGGGUGAAUUUCUGUUGCCUUUUUAUUUUCUUAUAGAAAUUAAAUGUUUCAUAGUUGUGUUUAUCAAUGAUUAUGUUUUAAUAUUAUUCUUAGGAAAAACAAAUUAUUCUUUUUUUUUUUUCUUUUUUUUUAUGCUGUCGUGUUAUUGAUCGUGCUAUGCCUUUGUAUAAACAAUGUCUGAAAAAGCACCACAUGACUCCCACCUGACCCUUUCACACUCUCGCCCCAUUUUGUUGCAAAGGAUUAUGGGCCAGCAAGCACUCUUCUCACUCUUAAACAAAAAAAGUCACUGGAAAAGACAUUAAAAGGACUCAAUUCAUGCAACGAAUCAUUUCCAUACCAUUUUCAUGACUAAAGAACUGAUGUCAAGUUGUUCUUCUCUGCAUUUAAAACGCAUU